GCAGCCGGGCGUCGUGGUUUCGGUUGGCUGGGAGGAAGAGGAAUAACGAAUGUGGGAGCCAAGAAGAAUUCCUCGUUGGCGAUCGGUGCUGGGGCGAGUAGCGACAAUAUCCACAGGAUUUCUCAAACGUUUUACGGACUACAAAUGUCUCCUUAGGGAAAUUUAGGGAAGUUUCCCCUCUCACGCGUUCCCGGGUCGGAUAAGAUUCCUACUUGGGCAGAGUCUGAAAUCAAACACAAAAAAAGAAGAGGGAGAAGAGGAACCAUUCCAGCCGCCUAGUAAAAAACCACAACACCUGUGAUCAAGGAAAUCACACUGAUUUCUGACAGCUUGGUGAUGCCCACAAAAGGAACUGGAUGACCUGUAGCUCAUGGCUUCCUGUGAACUGAGACUUUACUUUAUUUCUCAGGUCUAUAAUUUGAGAGGCUGUUGAGCUUUUUGAAGCAUUGUGAGGGGCCUUUUUUACUGAAGAUAUGAAUGUGGGAGGCGGAAGCAGAAGCAGUGUGGAACUUGUCGAUCUCUCCUCCCUAAUACUGAACACGAGCAGUCUUGAUUCAGGAUGUGUUCUCCCUCACAACCCCUGCCCUCAUUGUUGGCCCUGAGAAUAAAGUGGGAUUCAUAAACAUGUACAGAGACACAGGGGUGUGUGCCACCCCUAUCUCUCAACCCAUUCCUCCACCCCACCUUCGUCUACCCCUGCAUAAUGGGCACUCCUCCAUGGGAGAUCCAGCCCCACCCCGCAUCUCUGUGCCCAAAAUGGGGGUUCGAGCUCGAAUUGCUGAGUGGCCUCCUCGCAGGGCACUGUCACGUGAAUCGCUGCUUGAGAAUGGCCAGGAUAGCCAUCUGGAUGACCUCAAUAGUGAUGACGGGCUUACACAUGGAGGUGUGACCAGGCUACCACCGCGAGUUACCAGAGAUGCUGACUUCAUUGAAUCAGGUUUACAGAGAACUCCAGACACACCACCAAGGUUUCGGACUUCUAGUUUUGCUCCUCUCCGACAGCGAUCCAGCAGUGAAAUUACAUUGAGUGAGCAAGAUGAAACAGAGGUUGACAGUCGUUUGUUUCGUGAAUAUGGAAGUACCUCCUCCAUCAAUGUACAAGCAGUGUCUGAGCAAAGCUUCUUUGACAUGCUCAGCCAGUUUCAACAGGAGCGACCAGAUCAGCGUAGCACAGCUCCUGCCAAGCUCGAAGAGCUGCUUGGAGCAUCUAUAGAAGGACCCCAUUCACACAACUUUUUGUCAACUCCUCGUCUUGAGGAUCGACCUGAGAGUCGUGUGCGUAAAAAGAGCGGAGGAACUGAAUCAUCUCUUGGCACCUCGUCCUUAUUCCGUAAACUCCGUAGCUCCAGCCGGGGUGAAACAGAGACUCCACGAGGUGACGUGGAUGAUGCACGACCCCCUGAGACACUGUCUUCCAAACCCUGGCUAUGUGUGCGGAGUUUUGCCCAUUAUGAUGCUCAGAGCAUUCUUUUUGACUUGCAUGAGGCAGCAGCUCGCCGCAGCUAUGCUGCCCAGCGGCGGAACACAGCCACUGGAGCUUCAGCUGCUUCUUCGGCGGGCGUUUCAUUGGCAGUUUCCAGAGCUAUUGCUCUGGGGGGUGUAGAGCCUAGCUUUUCCAGCACUGAUGACCUCAGUGUCAAGGAUCUUUUGGAAGGAUCAACCCCAGGACUAGAACUUUUAGAGCAAGGUAGUUCAGCUAGCCUUAACCCCAACUCUCAGCACCAGCUUUUGCUGAGCUGCCCACACUUCCUAAAUGAGACCGGAAGCUACGGAGAACGUAAUGUCAGCUUUUUGAGCUCAUGGGCAGAAAGAGGAGAGGCUUGUGCAGUGGAAGCUCGGCUUCGUCCACGCUGCAGUAAUGCCAGUGUGUCCAUACUAGAGGCGCUUCCAGAAGAUCAAAACAGCAGGUUAGAGAGACUGCAGCAGCACUGCAUCGAGCACGUUGACCUGGGGGCCAGAAACUACCAUGAGCACUUCUACGGGAAAGAGCACUGGAACUACUUUGGUACUGAUGAGAAGCUGGGGCCCGUGGCUCUGAGCAUCCGCAGAGAGAAACUUGACGAUACCAAAGAUUUAAAGGACCAGUACCAGUACCGUAUCAUCUUUCGCACUAGUGAGAUGGUCACGAUGCGGGGAGCGAUCCUGGAGGACGCGGUCCUGUCCACGGCCAAGCACGGAACGGUUCGAGGUCUGCCUUUGAAGGAGGUUCUGGAGUACGUGCUGCCAGAGCUGAGCAUAUCCUGCCUUCGAUUGGCUCUCAGCACACCAAAGGUCACGGAGCAACUGCUUAAACUGGACGAGCAGGGGCUCAGUCAGAAACACAAAGUAGGGAUCCUGUUGUGUCGAGCGGGGCAGAGCACGGAGGAGGAGAUGUACAACAAUGAAGAGGCGACGCUGGCCUUUACCGCCUUCCUCGAGCUGCUGGGAGAAACUGUGUGUCUGAGGGGUUUCAACAAAUAUGCUGCCCAGCUAGACACCAAAACGGACUCGACUGGAACACAGUCCCUGUACACCACCUAUCAGGACUACGAGAUCAUGUUUCACGUGUCCACCAUGCUUCCAUACAUGCCCAAUAAUCCUCAACAGCUCCUGAGGAAGAGGCACAUAGGAAAUGAUAUAGUCACAAUAAUAUUCCAGGAGCCGGGAGCCCUUCCAUUCACCCCACAGAAUAUCCGCUCUCACUUCCAGCACGUGUUUGUCAUUGUCCGUGUGCACAACCCUUGCUCUGACAACACCUGCUACAGUGUGGCAGUGACCCGCAUGAAGGACGUCCCUCCGUUUGGUCCGCCACUACCUUCAAAUGGCAUGAUGUUUCGUGACCCUGCUGCCUUCCGCUCUUUUCUCCUGGCCAAGAUCAUUAAUGCUGAAAAUGCGGCUCACAAAUCGGAGAAGUUCCACACCAUGGCAACCCGAACACGCCAAGGAUACCUGCGAGACCUGGCGGAAAACUGUGUGUCCACUACGCCGCUCGACACUGCUGGCAAACUGAACAAUCUCAUCUCUCUGGCCUCCAAACGCAAGGAACGUGUCCGAGCUCGAGAAGGAGCAGAAAUGGGUGCCACGGGAGCUCUUGUUUGGCGCGUACUUGCACAGGACUUUAGCGGGGGAGGUGCUGAGCUUCCCUGUGCUCUAGCUAUCUCCAAUGAGUAUGUUGUGCUGGCGGACUGCUCCACCAAAGAGGUGGUGUUUAACUGUUUCUGUGCUGAUGUGAUUGGUUGGACGGCAGAAAGACUUGCACUGAAGGUUUUCUACGGCAGAGGAGACCAUGUGGCCUUACGGGUACCCGAGGGCAGUGCGCAAGAUAUCAGAGAGGUGCUGCAGAGACUUAAGGCUUUGACUGUAGGUUGUGAGACAGUUGACAUGACGUUGCGACGCAAUGGAUUAGGUCAGCUUGGGUUCCACGUGCGUUUGGACGGAACGGUGUCUGAAGUGGAGGAAUAUGGUUUCGCUUGGCAGGCUGGACUUCGACAGGGAAGCCGAUUGGUAGAAAUCUGCAAGGUUGCCGCGGUGACGCUCUCCCAUGAGCAGAUGAUCGACCUACUGCGGACAUCGGUCACUGUUAAAGUGGUCAUUAUCCCACCUUUCGAAGAAGGAGGAGCUCGCAGGGGCUGUACGGAGGAGUACGAGAUGAAGAUGAUGGAGCAGAAGGGAGAAGCGGAGCCAGUGGCUGCUGGCUAUCGAGCUGGGCAGCGAACCCCAGUAUGGCGCUGGGACAGUCCUCCUGCUACACACAGCUCUGCCCAGCGCUGGACCCCCAGCGGACCCCCGCCAGUCCCCAGCCGCACACACAAAACUCUGGUUCCCAUUCCAUACAGAGAGCCCCAACACAUCUCUGCUAAACGGCCUGUCAGUUACCCAGAGAACCAUUACAGCGUGUCUCCUCUUGCUGGGGACAGAGGGCCGUACAGAAACCCUUCGGCUAGUUUUUCCAGUCCAGCCUCUGGCUUCAGCUCCACUGCGUUGGUGGUGCCGGGACUCAGUGGACCCUUCGUCCGCUAUAAACCCUCUCGAGACGGGUUUGGGUCUGUACAACGGCCUCUCCAGCCAUUUGACCCACAUGUUACUGUUGAUGUCUCAAGUGGAGAAUCAUCUUCUGGUUUCACUAGUCAAGAAAGCACAAUGGAGCGCAACAAGUCAGAGCCCAUGUGGCAUGUUCCUGCAUCCUCGAGGGGUGUAUCUGCGAACUCAGCUCAGAGAAGACAGACCCGACAGGACGGCGCAGGGAAGGACUCUCCUAACCGACACUCAAAGGGUGAAACGCACUAUUCCAGUCACUCCAGCAGUAACACACUCUCCAGCAACGCUUCCAGCAGUCACAGUGACGAGCGCUGGUUUGACGGGGUCGGAGGUGGGGUUUCUGGGGCCCUCAGUGACCCCUCAGACCCCGAUCCUGACCCCAUGGGUAAAGGAGGAUCCAGUGACAGUGGAAUCGAUGCUUCCCUCUACACGCCGAGUCCCAACACUAAAGGAGCCAAACCCAGCCGAAGUCUUGCAGGAAUACCUCACAAACCCCUGCACGGCUCAGCUACAUACAGCGGCCUGCAGGAGCUGGCAGGAGCCGGAGCGUGGACGGUUGGAGAGGGUCGACGCAGAGAAUCAUCACCCAUCAUUGCCGCAUCAGCAAAUCAAAGCAAGAACUACCGAACGCGUACAUUCCCCCCUCCCGGAUCAGCCAAUGCUGAUAACUUUAAACCCAGGGCCUGCUAUACUCCUCAAGGAUAUAAGACCCCUGCUGUGGUCGAUAAACCUCGGCCUUUCAGAUCAUCGACAGUCACGCCCACGUCAGGCUCCGCCCAGCUGUCAAGCGCAACACAGCUCUCAAGCUCCGCACCCAAGUCAUACAGUAAAAGCAAGAAUGCCUGGCAACAGGAGGAGAACAGCACAGCAACCAGCACCUCCACUGAUGGCAACAACAGCAAGCAGGUGGACUUGAAUAGUAAGAACGUGUUUGGACAGCCUCGGUUACGAGCCUCUCUGAGGGACCUGCGCUCGCCCCGCAGAUCUCACAAGAGCACCAUUGAGGACGAUCUGAAGAAGCUCAUCAUCAUGGACAACCCCACAGAGAGUCCGUCACGGGAUUCGUCUCCUCAUCGGACACUGCAGCGCACUUUCUCAGAUGAGAGUCUAUGCAGUGGCCGCAGAGACUCCAGUUAUGCAAGCACAGCUCUGUUUGAAGGACAAGUGCCACCGAGUGACCUUCUCUUUACGUGCACACUGCCUACUCGACGCCAUGGGCACAACACCAACCACGGGGCACUUAUGCCCAGUAAGAAAGUGCCGUUAUCUGCGUCAGAGUUGUCUUUGACUGAGGUGAGGGAUAAAGUUCCGCCUCUCAGAAGGCUGGAUCCUGGACUCAUGCCUCUUCCUGACACUGCCUGUGGACUCGAGUGGUCCAGCCUCGUCAAUGCAGCCAAAGCUUAUGAAGUGCAAAGAGCCGUUUCUUUAUUCUCAUUGUCUGAAUCGAAUGCGGGGAGCAAUGAGUUGAGGCCCGCAAUCAGUCCAGUGCACUUCCACACGCCACAGACGCCUCGCACAACUCCUACUUUCAGCAGUGAAGAGGUUCCCAAUGAUCUGUCUGGCCGUCUGUAUCACCUGGAGUUCAUGCUGAAACAGCUGAACAAUGAUCUGGAAAAAGAGAAACAGGACAAGGCUGUGUUGUUAGCGGAGAUGGCUAAUCUGAGGCACAACAACCAGCGCCUGCAGGAGGAAUCACAGUCAGCCAGUGAGCAGCUCCGCAAGUUCAGCAAACUCUUAUCCUCUACCAUCCCUGAGAGGAAAUGACUGCUCCUGUUCCUUCAGCAAGAGACGUUCACGUACCUGUACUUUGCCUAAUAUGGCACAUUUGAUGCCAACAGCUAAUUUAAUUCAGUCUCUUAACGCCCAGUCGCACUCCCCCCUCCCACACACACACACACCAAACUGUGAGCUUAAUGACAGUGUGAUGGAGGGAAACCCAGAGAGAGAGUUUACGCGGGUCUGCCUGACGACUUGAGACUUUAAAGCUUUAACUUAAAGCCGGUACAGAAGUACAGAUGUCUAUUUUUCAAACAACUCACCUCGAGUCCUAGCUUGAAACGAGCGAGCUCCUCAUCUCCGAGCGAACUACUUUCCGAACUAUUUUCUCAUUGUAGAUUUAUUUUUGUACUCAACGAGUCGACACUAAGCUUGAGCCAGUAAAACUGAGAGGCCUAUAUACUGCACAGUCAGCUCAACAGCCAAAAAAUACAAACUUGAGCCACGUGAGAGAUCUACCCUUCCCAGCAUGUGCAACAUGUCGAGGGAAAUCACGGUACUGUAAUUGACAGAAGAGGUACAGCGCUCUGGGAACGACUCAUCGAUAUUACGCCACUGUAAUGAUAAUUACGAAUCGCAUACUCUCAUGUGCUGGUACAUUAAACGCUGUUGUGUCCAUAUUUAUAGUGGCGAAUGUUCACCAUCGUCAUCAUCAUCAUCACCCGAACUGAUUUAUCAUCCAAACAAAUCUCUGACAGUGACUGAACGUCCUCUGCAAUAACGGUUAUUAAAGAGAUGGAGAAUCGCCACCACUUUCGAACAGAAAGACGUGACUGGUGACAGCAACCGCUACUUAAACUGUGAUGUUACAUCGUUUCCUCUGCUCGUGGAUCGUGUCCUGUGACAGGAAAUGCCACUUGCUCUUUUCUGUAUAGUUUCGGCAUAGCACUGUGUGUAAACUUGGGCUGUUCUGUCAGUUUCCGACACUGUAUAUGUAUAUGCAAAGCCGACACUACGAAACCCCAGUCAGCUGUGUUCCAUACAGACUCUAUUUUUCUAUUUGUAUUUAGUUCAGGUUUAUCAGGUGACACGACUGUUGGCAAUAGAUGGCUGUUUUCAACUUCUAGACAGAUCAUCGUGUUUACAUAAUAAGGGCGUUUUCACACCUGACUCGUUUGAAGCCUUUGUUUUGGAACCUGGCACAUUUUGUCCCAUAGUUUGCUUUGUUUAGACAUAUGCGAGCAUGGCAGUCAAGCUGUUAAAAACAACUGAUCCAAGAUGGCCUGAAUGAAUCAUGGUCCCAGCCUGCAUGAAAACAAACUCUGGAGCAGUUCACUUGUAGUGAGAAACCCAAUGGACCUGCAAACCAGCCUCUAUCCCAGAGUUUAUAUUGCUGAUGACUCUCAAAGUGAAUUGUGGGAUAACUUGGAUCAAGUUGGAAGCUUGGCCAGUGGAACUGUUAGAUACUUUGUGAACUAAACCAUGUAGCAUGUGGCUGCUUUACCACCUCACCACCAGAUUCAUUUAGGUCCAGGGUUAUUUUAUAGAGUUGGUAUAAACGGUUCAUCUCAAAAUUGUCAAAACAACAUGGCAUAAACACAGCCAUAAACACGACCAAUGAGAAGACGGUUUACACACUUAAAAACUUCUAUUAGCAGUUUUUGAUCUGUUUAGAAAUGGAGCCUUGUCAAAGCUAAUCGAGCCAACAAGAAAAUGCAAAAUGAAGGGCUUUCACAUAGAAGAACUUUUUCAUAGUUCCUAUAACUAUUGACAGAAUUAUCAGCUUUUUUGGCAUGUCUGCACAUAGCAGACACACUAAUGUACUGUAGGAGCUGCACAGUAAUGUAGGAACCCCUUCUGGAGGGGACUAAAUUAACCUAAUCUAGCACAAUAGGAACUACCACACAUGACGGUGUAUAUAAUUAGCCGAAAGUGUUUCAUACGAAAUAAUAAACUAUUUUUAACAACUCGUUUACACGUUCUUCAAAAACAGAAAUUUUCAGGCACUUUUUCAUUAGACAGUGGCUGAAAUGUUAAAAGUAAAUGGGGUAUUUGCACAAGGACUUUUAAUCCAGUCGGUGAAUUGUCAUCCCAUGCAAAAUAGAUUAGAUUUUUUUUUUUAAAAACAGUGAUCUUCACUGUCUGGCUGAGAUACGAUAUAAAGUGGGUAUCAGAACAAACAAAAAACACUGCAUUCAAUUAUAGUUUUCUGCACCAUGUCUUUAAAAUAUGGAAAUUAAUUUUACCCCAGUUUUUUCAAUGGAGUUUCUGUGCUAGCCUGCUGCUAAUUACGGCGUCUUUCGUAUCUUUUUAACGCUUUAACAACCAAAUGGAUGCUUAAGUCUAUUUAACUGAUUAUACAUAAAUUACAUUACAACAUCGAUGCUGUAAAAGAAACCUUAUGAAAUUGAAAAUAGUCACAUAAAGCUUUUCACCAGAAGUUAUUGGCUGAAAAACACUAGCUGUGCAUAAAGCCCAUUAGCAUACAAGUAUAUUAACGUGGAGCAUUGAGCAAUGUCCUUUACUGAUCUUCUAAAGCACAGAAGACAAUAGAAUUGGCUACAAUUAAUUGCGAAGUUUAGAACAACAUGCUUACCAAUCAUUUUUGUGCUGUGUUUGUUUUGUAUUGCGUUUAUAUAUUCUCUUCAACUAGUGCACAUAGCAAGUGUGCCUAUUGCCACCUAGUGGACACUUUUGUCUCCACAUUCACUUUGCAAACACACUGUUCUACAGUCUUCUCAGACACAAAUAUUUGACUGUGUGUGGUUUCUGCGAAGUGCGAACACUCCUUGCGAUAAAAAUUAUGUCGCAAAGACAGUGAACAUCGCAAAGCAUGGAUGUUGAGAAUAUACUUGAGC